AUGGCAAGGCUCUGUGCUUUCCUGAUGGUCCUGGUGGUGAUGAGCUACUGGUCAACCUGCUCUCUAGGAUGUGACCUGCUUCAGAGUCAUAACCUCAGGUACAAGAGAGCCUUGACACUCUUGGUACAAAUGAGGAGACUCUCCCCCAUCUCCUGCCUGAAGGACAGGAAGGACUUUGGAUUCCCCCAGGAGAAGGUGGAUGCCCAGCAGAUCCAGGAGACUCAAGCCAUCCCUGUCCUGAGUGAGCUGACCCAGCAGGUCCUGAACAUCUUCACAUCAAAGGAGUCAUCUGGAGCUUGGAAUGCAACCCUCCUAGACUCAUUCUGCAAUGACCUCCACCAGCAUCUCAAUGACCUGCAAGGCUGUCUGAUGCAGCAGGUGGGGGUGCAGGAACCUCCACUGACCCAGGAAGACUCCCUUAUGGCUGUGAGGAAAUACUUCCACAGGAUCACUGUGUACCUGAAAGAGAAGAAACACAGCCCCUGUGCCUGGGAGGUGAUCAGAGCAGAAAUCUGGAGAGCCCUGUCUUCCUCAGCCAAGUUGCUAGCAAGACUGAGUGAGGAGAAGGAGUGA